AUGAUAGUGCCACUGUUUGAGAGCUACCGUCGGCCGCCAGAGGGGAGCGGGAGGCAUUCAUCAGCAGAUGCCGCCGGUGCGGCCCCGAAACCCGUUCCAUUCCGUUUGGCAGCAGCAGUCGUUACAGUGUGCACCGUAGCGGCGAUAUUCGGCCCCGCCGGAGCAAUCACGGUGGCACCCGACACCGUUCCCGAGCACCCUGGCCAUGAACCCGACGAUGCCACCUUGCGGCCCGGGCCCGAAGCUGUGGCGUCGGAAGUGCAGUUUGCGUCGGAAAAUUUGACCUGCCCAACCGAUGGCGGACCAUUUCUGCUCGAGCGAUCGGCCAACAGCUUGCAGCUCUAUCUGCUCGCCGCGGACGGCUUGCAGCGCAUCCAGACGGACGGGCUGGCUCUCAGCCGGGUGCCGGUGUGCCGGCUGCCGGAGCUAGACGACAGCCCGCGCUCGUUACAGGUGCUGGAUGUGCAGCUCGGUGGCAAGGAUUACGUGCUGUUCACCGUCACCACCGCCCAGUGGCACCACGUGUACUUGGCCCGCUCCGCCAACGGGAGCCGGGCGGCGGAAGGCGGAACCGGAACCGUAGGGAGCGCACAGGCGAUACAGCGCAUCAAGUUUGCCGGGGACACGGCCAAGGCGCAACUCGUGGAGUGCGGCGGACAGAUUUACCUGGUGACACUCGUAACCUACAGCAACAUGGGUACGAUACGCGUCUACCGAUGGUUGCAGUCGUACUUUUCGCUGACCAGCACCCGAGAGGUCCCGGCACUGGACGACGUACGGUGCCACUGCCCCGGGCCGCUCCUGCUGCUAGCCCUCGACUACGAGCCGCUUCCGGAGCGCUCCCUCAACCACGUCCUGCUGCUGGAGCCCGAUGCCAGCGCCCCGGUGAAGGUGCAGGAAGUGUUCUUCCUCUCCCACUCGCUGCCAUCGUUCAGCCUCGACGACGACCUGUACCUGAUCCGACACGUCAGCAAGGACAAGUGCUUCCUGUACCAGUGGAACGGCGAUGCCCGCAAGUUCGUCCGCCAGCGGGCCCUCCCGUACCGGCUCGGCCAGAUCGGUGCCGUCGCUUCGUGGCCAGGAACGCUGGCGGUCAGCGUGGACGGUGCGGUCCGUCUGUACGCCGGUGGCAAGCAGAACGCGUUCCGCGUCGAAUCCCCGUUCACGGUGCGCGGCACCCGGCAAUCGGACCCACUGAAGCAGCUCACCGUACCGCGGCACGAUCCCCUGGAGGGCCUAUUUCGGCUACGUACCGACGACAGCGACACGGAGGUGGCGCUCGCCAUGUCCUUUGCGUGCCCCGCGACCACCGAAAACGGGACGGCGGCGCUCCGCGUCUACCAGCUGUCCGUGAUGAGCGUCACGCGUGCUACCGAAGCAGCUCAGGAGCUUGGCUUUCGGACACUGAACGGGUGCCUGCAGCGGCUGAAGCGGGGCUCGAACGAGCGGAAGCGAUGGAUCGACCUGAUCCGGCUACAGUUGGCCCGGAAGAACCUCGUCUUCGACACGCUUAACCACACGGGACCGGCGGUGGUGCUGCACCCCGGCGUACGUCUCGAAGGGCCGGCAUCACUCCCGCACGCCAGCCCGUUCGUGCUGCCACCCACACGGACGGCUCUGAACGGGCAAGCGUUGCUCCUGCGCCACUACCGCCUGGCGACGGACCUGAACCGGGUGUUGCUGGUGAACCGGGCUAAAACCGACAUCCAGGGUGACCUGCACGUGCGGGGUAACGUGCGGACCAGACAGACGAAGAUACGGGCGGUAGAUGCGCUUGACGAACGAACCGAACGGCGGCCACGGCGCCAACCACCCCACCCACUCCCGUAUCGGAUUGUGCGCGCACGGGAAGUGAUCAGCGGGGACGGCAGCGCGGCACAGAAGCGUUUUUGGUCGCGAACGGCCAUGACGGUGCUGGCGGGGCCGGCGGUCCAGCUGGACGAGCUGCACACCGGCACCGUACGGCUUGAGCCGGGGGGUCUCAUCAACCACCUUCCGCUGCCGGGCCGCAACGGCAUUCCGCAGCAGCAUCAGGACGUGUACCGCGGCCACAAGGUGUUCCGGAGCGUUCGGACGGGCCGCCUACAGACGCACCGCUACAACGGAGCCCCGCUAGUACCGGAACUGAUCGAAAGCAGCCGGCGGACCGUGAGCGACGGUGGCACGAUCCGGGCGGAUAACUGCCACACCCGGAACCUCAUCGUACGCCAAGGAGUGAACGGGUUCCGGUUGGAUCGGUUCGCUUCGGUGCGCCAACCGCACGUCAACGGAAACCUGCGGCUGGGUGAGGGAGUUUGCGUGAAACACCUGCACGUCCACCGAGCGAUCGGUGGUGCCGGGCCGGGGACGCUGCUGGACCGCGUGUCCAACCAGACCAUCACCGGGCCGUCCUUCGUCAGUAAAGCGUUCACCCACAGCCUGCACUUUGGCCGGCUGAAUGGCGAGCCGAGCGCGAACCUGGCCACCGUGCCGGGCAGACCGGACCGGGGUCCACUGCUCAUCAGCUCACCGGUCCGCACCGGGCGACUCCGUAUCCGGGGCGACCUGAUCGCGAACCACGAGCAGCAGCAGCAGUGGUCCGGCGGCGGCGACGUCCCCAUCGGCACGCGGCCCACCGACCUGCGCCAGCAGUACCGCGGCAAGGUGCUGCUGAACGGGUCGCUGCGGGUGCGUGCCGCGACCCUCAGCGGCGCACCGAACAUCACCGUGAUGGUGGGCGUCACGGUGCCGACGCUCGCCCUCCACCCGGACCACUACCUGUUGCGCAGGCAGCGACAGGCCGUGAACCACCCGGUGACGUACCGUGCGGCCCAGUUCCAGUACCUGUUCGCAAACACCCUGAACGGAGCGGCCCUCUGGCAGCUGAGCCUCACGCACCACGGCUGGCAGAACGGGAUCUACCUGCAGGACGCGACCGUCGGUGGCCACGUCCGGCCGGCCCGGAUCGCCCCCCGGCUGCACGCCAUCAAGCAGGCCCGCGUGGGUCUCCACUCCCGGGUCGCCCUUUGCGACAUGAAGCACUUCACAGGGACGCUCCGCGUCACGUCCCUCCACACGGAAACGCUCGGUGGGUGGUUUCCGGCCGCGGUGCUGUGGGAACGCGUAGCCCAGCGGUACGCCUCUGUCGCACUAACGACCGCGUCGGACGUGGAGCUCCGCAGCACCGCCCUUCUGGUGGGUGCCGGGCUCCACGUUACCGCGGCGAUGGAGCGCCUCGCCGUGCCCUCGGUCCGGGCCCGUUACCGAGCGCUCCACCUCACCGCCAUCGACGCCGAUACGGCCACCCUCGCCCAGACGCUGAACGUUUCGCUCGCCGAGAUUGUGGAUCGGUUCGCCGGGGUCGGGAUCGGCGCUACCGUCCCAUCGUCCUUUGCGCGCAUCGUACCGGGCACCCCCGCCCAGCACAUGGGAGCGGUGACGGUGGGGAGCAUCAACCAGUGCCCGGUCGGCUGGCUGCUCGGGGAGAGUGUCCGCAAGCUGCGCCCGCCUGAAGGCAGUGGCCGACCCGUAGGAGGGUGGAAGAGCGUCCGCGAAGGGGCGGUUACGGUGGCCGGGGAACUGCUCGCCGCCACCCUGAACUCCCAGCCGACGAGCGCCCUCGACCGGGUGGUGACCCGUGGGGCCGGUGGCCAGUCGGUGGAGGCACGCUGGCAGUUCGGCUCGGUUAGUGCCCCGCACCUAACGGCGAAAGUCCUGAACCGCACCCCGCUCGGCCGGCUCGCUCUGCGCACCGACGAGGCGCUCGCCCUCCACGACGAGCUGUUCGUUGGGCGACUGGAGGUCGGUGGGCUGGAGUGGGGGGGCGCUCCCGGGGGUUGGCCCUUCGAGACGCCGGUCGAGCAGCGCGUCGCCGUCGUGCAGCUCCUGCGCUGCCUCGGAACCAUACUGGAACCACCUCCUGCGACGCCUCCACCUCACUGGCCACUGCUGUUUGACCCCGCACCGGACGGGCCGAUCGAGGGGCUCGUCAUCUUCGAUACGCGCGAGGUGCACCUGGGACGCAGCACCCAACACACCGCCACCGGCCCCCCCUUGGAGCGGAUCGCGAAGCAGUGCUUCCGGCGUCAAGCCUCACUCAGCCCCGUCUUCGAGCACGGCCAGGUCCUGCAUGGGCCCGUCACCGUGCGGCGCCACCUGCGCCUCACCGAGGGAACCCCACUGACCGUCGGCGGGGUGUCCGGGGUGUCGCUGGCCGAGCGUCUCACUCCCGGUGGCCCCCCCGGCCACGUGUUUCUGUUGGGUGAAGCCGGAACAAUCUCCGGCCGGAAGCGCUGGAACGGAGGGACGGGGGCCAGCGCCCACAACGUCACUCUGUGGGACCCCUCCUCACCGCUGCAGCCCGUGCUCGCCGUCUGCAGUGUGUACCAGCGGUGCACCGGGGCGCUCCACUUUGGCCACCCCGUCACCGUCGACCAACUGCUGACGGUGGCCCACCUGAACCGCGUCCCCUUCGACCUGCCCUUCUACGCUUUCGCUCGUCGCCGCUACACGGGCUCCCCGUUGCCGAUACAGGACUUCCCGGGCACGCUGACCGUCGCCGGGCUGGUGAUGGGGGGCCGCGGCACCAUCCUGCACCACGUCAACGGGAUCCCGCUGGAGGAGGUCGUGUCGCGCAGCACGUCGAACGCGUCCCAUCAGCUGGUUGGGGGACCGAAGGCGUUCCGCGCGGUACGCAUCGGGGGUCCCCUGUCGCUGCACCACCUCAACGGCGUGCCGAUGGCGCGGAUAGCACAAACGUCCCUUUACGGGGGACGCACCGGAAGCCAGCUGGAUUCGAUUGUGUUCAACUAUCCGGUCGAGCUGGCGGAGCUGCGCACCGGCACCCUCCAUCACAGCCGCACCGGCUCGACGGCCCUCACUUCGGGAGGCGCCGGCCGCCGAUCCGCGUUGUCCGUGCCGGAUCUGUUGCUCGUGGCGCCGCCGCCGCCGCCGCCUUCUGCCGCCCGAGUCCGGUCACGGGAACCCCUCAAUGCCGCCAGCUCCGUCGCCGCCAACGGUUUCGCCGGGUUACAGUUCCGGUGCGCACCCGACCCCCGCUCGCUGGCGAUUCACAGCGAGGUGCGGCGAGGUGCUCCGCUGCUGGUGCCGGUUCCCGAUGCCGGCCACUGUCACACCGUCGUCGGUGCGGUGCCCCUCAACGAUACCACGACCCUGGUGCUUCUGCUGAUUGCUCGCCACACCGCCGCGCGCACCGCCACCCCGCUGGCCUACACCUAUGACAUCCGGCGGCGGGACCGAUUGCACCCGCUGGAGCUACCGGCGCGGCUCGGUGCCGCCCGCACACCAUUGGCCACCAUGGUACUGCUGCAGCCGACCCCGCACGAGAUUAUGCUCGCCCUGCUGCCCGGUCCGGCCACCCCGGCCCUACCGGCUACCGCCGUUCUGCUGUACCGGCUCGUGGACUGGGCGGCCGGGCGGUCCCGGGCGCCCCACUUUACCCACUUCCAAACCAUCACCGCGGCAGGACCGAUCGCAACGGUGACCGCCAGUGCCGACGGGACCACGCUCAGUAUCCUGCACGAGCACCCCUCGGAGGGGCACGCAGGCGGUCCUCGACACCGCCAUCAACGCCAGUACGUGUACAACGCCGUGACCGGCUGGACUGAGGGGCUACAGUAG